AUGCUGCUUGACACCGACUACUUCAAUGACGACACGACUCAUUCGCCGAAGGAAUUUCAGCGCUGGUUUAGGAUGAAGAAGGAGCUGUACUUGAAGAUUGUCUACGGCUUCAGGGAGUACAACAAGUACUUAAUGGCCAAGCAAGAUUGCACAGGGGAUCUUCAAGGGGCAUACUGGAUGGUGUGGCUCCUAGAUCAAGAGUAUGACAGGGAUCACCGGGCUUUUCAUAUGACGGAGAGGACAAUGGAUCUUCACCCUUUGAAGAUUCGUUACCAUGGCACAGUGGAUAUACCGUAUGACGAGAGGUAUACGGAGCACAUCGAGUCUACCGGUCUUCUCCCGUUCAUAUCGCUUGUAAGCCGUGGGGGGCCGAACAUGAACGCCUCGGCACUCACCGCCCUUGUCGACCGGUGGAGGCUGGAGACGCACACCUUCCACUUGAGAGCCGGCGAGAUGACCCCUACUCUCCAGGAUGUUUCCAUGAUCCUUGGACUUCCUAUUCAGGGCGAGCCACUGUGUAUGAACACAGCUUCUGAUGGGUGGCGCCAGCAGAUGGAGGCGCUUAUUGGCAUGGCUCCUCCGGCGCCAGCAAAUCCAAAGGAGAGAGCUCCCGCCGGCGCAGCUUUCUCUUGGAUCAGGAUUAACUUUCGACAAUGCCCUGAAGGGGCCAACAUCGACACUAUCAGGACGUACACCCGCGUGUACUUAUGGUACAUGAUUUCGAGGACUCUCUUUCCUGACAGUGGGGGGAACCUGGCCCAUUGGUGUUGGCUGAAGGCGCUUACGGUGUUGGAGCACCGGUGGAGUUGGGGAACAGCGGCACUUGUCUACCUCUACCGGCAGGUGAUGAUUUGUUCUAUGUACUAUUUUUCUAUAGUAUUGUGCUAGACAAAGUACUAACCAAAUGUCUUAUGUACGCAGUUGGACGAAGCUUGUCGCAGGACUGGGAGCGGCGGUAUUGGUGGAUGCUUGCUCCUACUUUCCGUAUGGAGCUGGGACCGCCUAUCAGUUGGGCGGCCUAGGACACUCACCGAGAGGCCAUGGCCUCAUCACCAUGAGAACCUUGAUCGGGAGCCGACUUGGGCAUAUCUUUGGGACAAUGUCUCGGAGAUGACAAGCGAUCCAAAGAUCAUGUACAAGAACUACACUGAGGAGUUGGACACUCUUACCGCUGAGCAGGUAACCGAUCACUCUUUUGCAAUCCUAGUUUUCAUUGAUUCUACUGGCAUGUUCUAAAUUCUGAAAUAUUUGUAUGCUGCAGGUGGAGUGGGAGCCAUAUGGUGCCUACUACCGUAUUGGCGCGGCGGUGACUGACCUCAACCACAAGUGCACGGA